AUGGAUACACAGAUAACGAGAUUGCUUGGCCUCCUUCAUAACAGGUUGCGAGGCAUUGGAAGAAGACGAAGAAGCCCGGGAAACAGAAUUCCAAAUUUUGACAACAACGUUCCAAUUUCCAGCAGACGCAAUGCCAAUGCCGACGACUUGUGGCUAUCCCGGUUUAGAAUCCAAUUUCACUUCCACCGGCUAUACCUCAGGGGAUCCAUGGCUGCUAUUCUUUCAGUCCUUCAACACUCAUCUUGCCCUGAAAAUAUAAUCUUCCACUUGGUGUCUUCUGUUGCCGCCGACACCUCCCAUCUCAACCUCACAGUCACAAAGUCAUUUCCUUACCUUCAGUUCAACAUCUAUCCUUUCGAUGAUUCGCCGAUGGCGAGGUUGAUCUCAACUUCUAUUCGUGCUGCACUGGAUCGUCCACUCAACUAUGCCCGCAACUAUAUGGCUGAUAUGCUCCCAGAAUGCAUUCAAGAGGUUGUUUAUCUAGAUUCUGACCUCGUACUCGUCGAUGAUAUUGCUAAACUUGUUGCAACUCCUCUGGGCACUAAAGCAAUUUUAGCAGCACUUGAGUACUGCAACGCAAACCUCACCUCCUAUUUCACGCCCAAAUUCUGGUCCAACCCCUCUCUUUCCUUAACCUUCUCUUUCACCUCCAGCACUUCCACCAGUUAUACCUCAACCACAAGCAUCCGCUGCACCUGUCCAACAGCCACCACCAACACCAGCCCUAACAAUACCCCCACCAAUUCCACCACCUAUGGCACCAGCUCCCGCACCCACAAUACCCCCACCAAUUCCACCACCUACGGCACCACCAGCACCAUGCCAGUACCAACUAUUGCGUCCAGCCACAGCACCAGAUUUGGUUCUCCCACCUGA